AUGGGAAUUGGAACAUGUGAGGAUACCCUUAUUGUAUCCCUGGCUCCGGACAGAACGGACAAUGGUCACCUCGUAUACAUACGUGCUCCACUUCAAACGUCUACCAAUCAACACUUUUCACUGCCAAUCAGUUUCUCUAAUGUUACAAACAUCAACGAACUGGAAUAUGAUCCAUUUGAUCAGACACUUUUCAUGAACGACAUUUCAUCCAGUUUGUACAUUAUUAAAAACUUCUCUGGCAAUACUCAAACAGAUAAACUUACUAGUAAUGUUAUUCGCACAUUUUCAUCACCAUCGUCAAAAAUAGCCGUGGACUGGCUCUCAAAGAAUAUUUAUCAUCUAGACCCAUCAUACAACUGGAUUACAGUUCAACCUAUUAAGGGUGUCGGUGAUCCCAAUAGGAGAACGGUGGUAGAUGGUCUAUUUUCACCGAAAUCAAUCGCUGUUGAUCCACUUAAUGGGUUUCUCAUCUGGUCUGCAGAAUAUGGCAAAGGAUCUGCCAUAUGGAAGUCGUCCCUUUCUGGGAGCGACCAGAAUCUGUUGUUAUCUGGUCUUCUAUUGGUCACUGAUAUUGUCGUAGAUGAAACAGAGAGGCGGAUCUUUUGGUUGGAUAUUGGAAGAGAAACUCUAGAGACGUGUAGAUAUGAUGGGUUAGACAGAAGAGUGUUGAAGAGAUCACCUUCCUUGCUGAUGUCCAUGAGUGGUCUUACACUAUACCAAAACAUACUCUGUGUUGCAAUACAGUUUGCUUACCUGGUUGAAUGCAUUAAUAAACAAACAGGAGAGACAGUUUGGCAACAUUUGUUUCAAUGGCCCAAGGAUGGAAAGUACGAAUACAAGGUACCCCAGGCACUGACGUUCAUACAAGACAAGGAUCAAGGCAAUGAAACACAACGUUGUGAAGAAAAGGGAUGCGAGUUUAUUUGUAUUGGUCCAAAAGAUGACGUAGCUAAGUGUCUUUGUCCGGACGGACUCAAACUGACCGAAAAUGGGAUAAACUGUACACAAAAUACUAUGGUACAUCAGAAAUCUCUUUUGUUAUCAAACACUUCAUCUAUCUGCUUUGUGGACGUUCUUGUACUCACCGGAAUGCCAGCAGAGGUGAACUGUGUUUUACACUGGAACAAAUCUAUAUCUCAUUAUGCGGUGGACACACGUAAUAAUAAAAUUUAUUUUGAGGACAGUGAUAACAAGAAGCUAUUGAUGUUUGACAUAAGCACUGGGCUGAUAAAAGAACUAUUGUCAGUUUCUGUAGUUUCUGGCCUAUGUGUUGAUUGGUUAAGCAGUAAUAUUUACUGGACGGAGAGGAAUACAGGGCUGAUUAUGUUUGUAAAUGAGAGGUUUCCAAUGGAGAUGCCAGUUUUUCAGAACGUUGACCAUCCAUCUGGACUUGCUAUCAAUCCUCUCAACAGAACACUAUACUGGAUAAGCGGUGUUGUUGGAACGUUUAUUAUAGAGGCCGGAACUUACGACGGAGUGGAACGCUGGGUAGCUGUAAAUUCAAAGCACCUGAAAAACCCUAGCGAAUUGUCAAUCGAUAUAAAAGGUCAUAGGCUAUGGUGGGUUGAUAUAGACGGCGUUUACUCCAUGGAUCUGGAAACAAAUGAGAUACAGAUAUAUACUUCAUAUAACAUCAUUUCCUUUACAAAAUACAAGGACUAUCUCUUGCUUUUGAAAAACCAAGGCGAAGUUCGCAUUACCAAUAUUAAAUCACCAGGCAUCCACAGACAUUUAGAUGUGCCGUAUAUAUUUACUAAAGCCGUUGUUUACGACCAAUCUCAACAACCAAUUUCAGAAGACAUUUGUCGUGUGAGAAAUGGCGAUUGUGAACAUAUUUGUAUCCCUAGACUAAAUGGUACCAAAACGUGCAAAUGUCGCCUUGGAUACAAGCUAAGGAAGGAUAGGAAAACUUGUCAAACUCUUCCAUUGCAGAGUGACUUUGUGUUGACUGUUGACUUUACGCACGCUACCAUUUUCCAAGUGUCAAUGGCCGAUGCUAAUGUUGUUGCAAUAGACGUAAGUGAGACAAUUCGGCCGGUGAACGCAAUCUUCCACCCCCUCGACCGCAAUCUGAUUUACUCUGAUGCGAUGUACCGUGAGAUUAGACAAUUGUCGAUGUCGGGUCGAAAGUCUGUCACUCUGACUAAUACAGGGCUAUUUGAGCCCCAGGCCUUGGUUAUGGACCCAUCAACUGGCCAUCUCAUCUACUCAGCCGUGAGCACCAAGUCCUACAUAGGAAUUCUAAAUAUAGAAACAAGGGAGAGAAAAACUGUCGUCCCGGGACUAACCUCUGUCUACAACAUAGCAAUACAUCCACAAAAAGGGUAUUUGUUUUGGUCUGACCUAGUUUACUCAGCUUCUUAUAUAGGGAGAUCCUACAUGGAUGGGUCAGCUAUGAUCAACCUCAUUUUCAAGGACAUUUCACAACCUAACAGCUUGACUUUGGAUUACAAAAAUGAUUUCCUAUACUGGACCGAUGGAGAUUUAGGUACAAUAAAUUUCUGUGACCUUGAUGGUAAGAACAGGGGCAUUUUACUUCAAGACAGGAGGCAGAAAUUCAGACAUUUUGAUAUCAGUGGCGACCAUAUCUAUUACACGGCCUUAGAUGACCAGAAAAUAACAAAGGCCUCACUUAUAACUGCAAAAGAGAUCGCAUGGAUGAAUUAUUCUGCAGAAUUUGGGAAGCUGCAAUCAUUGCAAGUUUAUGGAGAAAAAGUGAUACCAGUGCAUAGUGUUUGCUCUGUUUCUAACGGCCGCUGCAGUACAUUCUGUUUACCAACAUCCAGAGGACGCAAAUGCGCAUGUCCAGAUGCUGUGAACCUUCAGAAUGAUAAACGAACGUGUGAAGGAGUUGUAAAGUGUCCAGAGAUUAUUCCUAACGGAAAAGUGAGUCCGGACUGUGCACCAUAUGUUGGUAAUGAAUGCACGUACACAUGUAACUCUGGCCUAAGGCCAUCAAUGUCGGGAAUUAUAUGUCAAGGAACAUGGAAUGUAUCAGCUCUGGAGCAACUUUGUGUGACGGUGCCGACCCAGCGUCUAAUGACGGAUCCUACCAAUGACGGGGCCAUAGCGGGAGGAAUCGUAGCGGCCAGUUUGGCGGUCACUAUUGUACUGGUUCUCAUCAUAAUAUUCCUGUGUCGAAGAGCCAGUGAUUCCCCAGCCCCUGAUUCUGGUGCCAUUCACUAUGUCAACGGAGGACAAGUGAACCGGAACGGAGUUAACGGAGCAAGGAAAGGGUCAAGGGUCAUUAUAGAGGAAGGGCCCUCCAUUAAUCAUUCCAAUACUUGAUGUUCCCACUAUUAAAAUCCUGGAGAUAACAAGCAGUUGAAAAGUACCAAGAAAACAAGAUUAUUGUGGUUUUUCAGAUGGCCUUGUUUUUCUAUUUGAAAUGAUGGAAGGUAUUACAUGUAUGCUUAUAUAAAUUACUCUCCAAAUUGGUUACAAAUAUGUAGUUUUGCCACUGCACAACAAAAAGUGAAAAUUUAUUUUAAAAUGCCACAUUUAAUUGUUACUUAUUUGUGUUACUUUAGUUCAGUUCAUCUGUCAGUGUGGUUUAUUAUUAGAAUCAUGAACUGAACUCACAACAAAAAAAAUCGAUUUUUAUUCAUUAAACAAAA